CUUCAAUAACCUUAACACCCUUUAGUAACUUUGUGUGACAGGCACUGCAAGAUACGUACUUGACCUAAACGCCGUUAAUUAUCGAAUCGAUACUUUCGAGGCUCCCUCGUCUAGGCGCUUAGCGUCGCUUGCUAUUCCUACGUCUAGCCGCCAUGUACAACUACGGAUAUGGUGCACCACCGCCUUAUGGCGCUCCCCCAGCCUACGGAGCCGCGCCCACUCCCUACGGAGCAGCUCCUCCUCCAGCCUACGGAGCCCCAGCGGCACCCUACGGAGCUCCUCCAGCACCCUACGGAGCCCCACCUGCGCCAUAUGGCGCCCCGCCGCCGGCAUACGGUGCUCCACCAUCCAGCUACGGCGCCCCAGCCCCAGCACCCACUGCCUACGGUGCCCAGCCGCCCCCCUACGGUGCCCAGCCGCCCUCCCAGCCGCCCUCCUACGGUGCCCAGCCGCCCCCCUAUGGUGCCCAGCCGCCCUCCCAGCCACCCUCCUACGGUGCCCAGCCGCCCUCCUAUAGUGCCCAGCCGCCCUCCUCUGGCGCCCAGCCGCCCUCCUACGGUGCCCAGCCGCCCUCCUAUAGUGCCCAGCCGCCCUCCUCUGGCGCCCAGCCGCCCUCCUACGGUGCCCAGCCGCCUCCCUCUGGCAGUGCGCCUCCUGCCGGCUCCGGGCCCGCGCCUGCUGCCCCCGCACCCUCCUCCCAGCAGCAACAGCCCCAGGCGCCUGGCGGGCCGCCCCCCGCCCCGGCCUCAAGCAGCCCCAGCUACCCAGCCCUCACAGCUCCUCCCCCGCCUCAGACCGUACCCCCAGCAACCGCACCGCCUGUCACCACCUCCAGCACCGCGCAACCUGCGCAGCCCGGCAGCACCAGCGCCUACCCCGCCCUGGGCCUCUUCCCAAGCAACUCCUUCAACGCACCGCCCCCCGCUCCCUCCUCCCGCCCCACCUCCGCAGCCCCCUCUGCCCCCCCUUACGCCGCCCCUUACGGUGCCCCUGCGGGCCCCUCUGCCCCCGCACCAGCUCCCCAACAGCCCGUCGCCCCCUUCACAUACGGCCAGGCGCCUGCGCAGCCGCCUCCGCCUGCUGCUCAGCCGCCUCCGCAGGCCGCAGCAGUGCCGGCCUACAUGCCGCCCACCACCUACGCACCCGCUCCGGGUCACGGCGGGCGGCGGCGGCGCGCGCUGCUGGUGGGGUGCGCCUACCCGGGCAGCAGCGCGGCGCUGAACGGCUGCCUCAACGACGUAGACUGCAUCAAGGUGUGUUAACGGUGCGGAGGGCACCAAGUUCUGCCUGGAGAAGCGGUUCGGCUUCACGCCGCAGGAGGUCGUGGUGCUGCGCGACGACAGCCGGCACCCGGACUUCACGUCCACCAAGGCAAACAUAUACCGGGGCAUCCAGUGGCUGAUGUCCGACCAGCGGUCGGGCGACUCGCUGUUCUUCCACUUCAGCGGCCACGGCAGUCAGCAGUACGACCGCAACGGGGACGAGGAGGACGGAUACGACGAAACCAUCUGCCCCACGGGUGCGGCGGUACGGCUAGCUGGGGAGGGUCCUGCUUCCUCAAGCCUUUCAGCCCGAUUGCUGCUGCUGUUGUGACUACGGUACACACGGCGGUGCUGGAUAAAGCAUCCGCGUCUUGCACCAGCCAGCAUCCACACCACCACUGCCCGAAC